GGAAGAGGGAAGGAAGCAUUUGGAGCUUGGCCGCACAGGCAGGAGGCAAGCAGGAGCUUGAGGGACAGCACUCUGAAGCUGAAGAGGAUUGCAGAGGCUUGUGCUGGUUUGGAUUUGAUGCACACAUUUGACUGAAGAGUCGGCAGAACAAGGCGGAACGGACAUAGAAAAGGAUCUAAAAGGGCUUUGAAGCAUAUUGCUCCCUGAAGAUGAUCAAAUACAGUGUAUAAAAUACACUGUUUCUUUUGAAUUAACAAGGGCAGGCAAGCAAAAGUGUCUGAAAGGAAGAGCUGAUUUUACUCCACUGAAGAGAGGAACAAGCAGAUGAACACUGGUAUGCUUUGAAUGAAAAGAGCAGGAUCCUAAUCAUUUUCCAGGAACACUUUGGAGGAACCCUGCAAUGAGCUGGUGCAAUCAUCUGUGUUUCAGGACAGUGACGCAAAAAUAGGAAUAUUCUUUUUUCAUCAUUUUUCCCGCAGAACUACCAAGUCAUUCUCAGUCUAAGUGUUGUACCGGGUGUCCUUAUGUUUUCCCAAAGAUACUUUCCGUCAUGGGCUUGCAUUUCAGUCCUGUGCAUUUUGGAUUUAUCCACCAUUGCUUGGUCGGCUCAGCAACAAUUUCAGCCCCAGUUGCAGACGCGUCGGUCCCGGCAAAUGUCGCCUCUGACUUCCUCCAUGACAGCGGGCAACCUGUCUGAGGCGGCCGAGAGGAAAGUGGAGCGCCUGGGUCAAGCUUUUAAACACAAUGUUAGGAUUUUACGUGAGAAAAGUGCCUGUCUGGACUUGGUGUUCUUGGUGGAUGAGUCGUCCAGUGUGGGAGCCAACAACUUUCUCAGUGAGCUGAGGUUUGUUCGUAAAAUGCUGUCUGACUUUCCAGUUGCACCCGAAGACACCAGAGUAGCGUUGGUUACCUUCUCAUCAAAGACCCACGUGGUGACUAGAGUGGACCACAUCACUGCACCCAAGUCUCACCAACACAAGUGUUCCCUGUUCAACCAGGAGAUUCCAGCCAUCAAUUACAGAGGAGGGGGCACAUACACCAAAGGGGCCUUUCAGAGGGCAGCGCAAAUUCUGCGUCACUCUCGUUCAAAUGCCACCAAAGUGAUAUUCUUGAUCACGGAUGGCUACUCGAAUGGUGGCGACCCAAGGCCUGUUGCAGCAGCUUUAAGAGAACGGGGUGUUGAAAUCUUCACCUUGGGAAUCUGGCAGGGGAACAUCAAAGAACUCCAUGAUAUGGCAUCUCGUCCCAAAGACCAACAUUGCUACUUGGUGCACAACUUUGCAGAGUUUGAAGCUCUGGCCCGUCGUGCUCUGCAUGAAGAUCUCCCCACAGGCAGCUACAUUCAGGAAGAUCUAUCUCGCUGUUCCUCUCUGUGUGAUGCUGGCAGGGAUUGCUGCGACCUGAUGGCCAGCUGCAAAUGUGGCACCCAUACUGGGCAGUACGACUGCAUCUGUGAGAAGGGAUAUUAUGGAAAGGGUCUUCAACACGAGUGCACAGCAUGUCCACCAGGAACCUACAAACCAGAGGGAACACCUGGGGGCCUGAGCACCUGCCUGUCCUGCCCCGACCUGCAGCAUACAUCCCAGCCCGGAAGCACUUCCAUCGCUGACUGUGUCUGUGUACCUGGUUACCAGCAAAUAGGCAUGACCUGCCAGGUGGUUUAUUGCCCAGUUUUAGCGCCUCCUGAAAACGGCUUCUUCAUCCAAAAUGUAUGCAACAACCAAUAUGAUGCGGCAUGUGGUAUCCGAUGUCAUCCAGGCUUUGACCUGCAGGGAUCAAAUAUUAGACUGUGCCAGGCUGAUGGAGCCUGGUCAGGAACACCUGCUAGCUGCAAGGCACGUGCAUGCCCACCACUCUCUACGCCCCAGCACGGUUUUUUGAAGUGUAGCAAUGGCGGUGCUUCCUACAGGGCAGAGUGUCAGGUGGGCUGUGAAAGAGGAUACAGGUUAGAAGGAGAUUCUAAAAUCAUCUGCCAGGCCAAUUCUCUUUGGAGUGGACCCCAACCACGGUGUGUUGAGGUGCGAUGCCCGCCCAUCGUGAACCUGAAGAACACCCUGCUGUCGCCCCCUGCCUGUGGGAAAAGGCCCACAUCACCAGGCUCAUUUUGUCUGCUCACUUGUCUUCAAGGCUACACCCUUCAAGGAAAUAAAAAAGUUGUGUGUCUCAGCUCUGGAAACUGGACGGCCAAUAUCCAUAAAGCUUCUUGUAAAGAUACUGAACCACCACUGAUCCGCUGUCCUGAAAGAAUUGUUGCUGGAACGGAUGAGCGCCGAGGAACUGCUAAUGUCAGCUGGAAUGCACCCUCUACUUCUGACAACUCAAAAGAAGAGGUGCAGGUGCAGGUGAAACCUGUCUACACACCCCCACAGCUGUUGCCCAUCGGGAAAGAAACCAUUACUUAUAUUGCAACGGACCGUUCAGGCAAUCAGGCCAACUGCUCUUUUACUGUCACAGUUGUUGAUACUGAGGCCCCAGUGAUUGACAGGUGCAGGUCUCCGCCCACAACUCAGGCAACAGACACUGAGACGGCAGUCAUUUGGGAGGUGCCACAGUUUUCCGACAACUCAGGUGGACGUCUUACUGUAACCAGCAGCCAUAUUCCAGGCUCCCUGUUUCCAGUGGGAGAGACUUUGGUCCAGUACACUGCCACGGAUGCUGCAGGAAACAGUCGCACUUGCAACCUCACCAUCACUGUGCAAGGGACCACAUGCGACCAGCCAUAUGUCCCUGUAAACGGAGAAUUCAUUUGUGUCGAAGAAGAGGAAGGUGUCAAUUGUACUCUUCACUGUAAAGAAGGCUACAGCAUCACCCAGGAUGCAGUACACAGCUACUUCUGCCCAUUUAACGGAGUGUGGGAGCCCCCAUACUCGUCUGAAAGACCUGAUUGCUCAGUGAAUCGAGUGGCCAACAAUGGGGUAAAGCCUUUUGAAAUGUUGUUCAAGGCAUCACAUUGUGAUGAUGUGGACCUGGUGAAGUUAUUUACUGGCGAGUUAAACACCAAACUGAAGAGUUGGCUGCCAAAUAUUUGUAGCAGCGAUGAUGUCACUUGCAAGUUGGAGAUGAUACCCCAGGGUCAAUGUCUUGAGUACAACUAUGACUACGAGAACGGAUUUUCUAUUGUACCAGGGGGUUGGAGUCCUCGAGGGACGCAGGACUAUGCCUACUUUGAAUCGGGCUUUGCCACCGGGAAACGACAGAUGUCAAAUCAGCAGCAGGAUGGCGGCAUGCAAACUCACCAACGUUCCAAGAGGCAUCGAAAGAUCACAGGACCCACUAGGGACCAGAAGAUACAGAUCUUUUUCAACAUAACAGCAAGCAUCCCCCUUCCACUGUCUAGAAAUGAUUCCAUUGAAGCCGCGAAUCAGAGGAGGCUCUUGCGAACACUGGAACAGCUCACAAACCGUCUGAAGAGAACGUUGGCCCGGCAGCCAUUGUCCAGCUUUCACGUGUCCUCUGAAAUGAUAGUAGCUGAUCCUAAAUCACUGGAGAGCAAGCGAGCCUCUCUCUAUUGCAGACCAGGCUCUAUACUCAAGGGCAGGAUGUGCGUCUUAUGUCCUGUCGGCACUUACUUUUCUCUGGAGUACAAUGAGUGUGAGAGCUGCUGGCUGGGCUCCUACCAAGACCAGGAGGGUCAGCUUGAGUGUAAGUCCUGUCCAGAAGGCAUGUCCACGGCGUAUCUGCACUCCCGCAGCUUGGCUGAGUGCAAAGGGCAGUGUAAGCCUGGAAGCCAUUCUCUAAAUGGCUUGGAGAUCUGCGAGUCAUGUCCGUUGGGCCACUUCCAGCCAGGCUUUGGUGCGAGGGAGUGUCUUGUCUGUCCUGAUGAUACUUCAACUGUGACGAGAGGGGCAGUAGAUGAUGCGGAGUGCGGAGUGCCCUGCCCAGCAGGUCAUUUCUCCCGCACCGGGCUGGUUCCCUGUUAUCCUUGUCCAAGAGAUUACUAUCAGCCUGAACAUGGACGAUCUUAUUGCCUCUCCUGUCCGUUCUAUGGCACCACCACAGUGACCGGGGCGACCACCAUUCAACACUGCUCCAGUUUCGGAUCCAGUUUUCUACCAAAAGAGGAGAGUGUAACGGCGGCUCCAGUAGUGGAGGCUGUGGACGACUACCAGGCUAGCAGCCAGGUUUUCCAUGAGUGCUUUCUCAAUCCCUGUCAAAAUAAGGGAACCUGUGAAGAGGUUGGAGCUGGAUACGUCUGUACUUGCAUGUCUGGUUUCACAGGGGCCAAAUGUGAGGUGGACAUUGAUGAGUGUGACUCUGCUCCGUGCCAGAAUGGAGGGCAGUGUGAAGACGGCAUGGGCCUAUUCAAGUGUCAGUGCAAACCAGGAUAUAUAGGACAUUUUUGUGAAGCAGAAGUGAAUGAAUGUCUCUCUUCACCGUGUCUGAACAACGGUGUGUGUGUGGACGAACUGAACAGAUUCACCUGCAGUUGUACAGAUGGUUUUACAGGAUCCCGUUGUGAGCUUGAAAUCAACGAAUGUCUGUCAAACCCUUGUUUGAAUGGGGGACUGUGUGAGGACUUGACCAGCAGUUAUACCUGUAACUGUGCUGUUGGCUUCUCUGGCGAUCGCUGUGAGAUCAACUUAGAUGAAUGCUUGAGCGCCCCGUGCCUUAAUGGAGGCUCAUGUUUAGAUGAAAUCAACAGCUUCAGGUGUCAGUGUGUUGAGGGUUACCGAGGGUGGCUCUGUGAAGUGGAUGUGGAUGAGUGUGAUCCCAACCCCUGCGUGAACGGGGCCAGCUGCCUGGACGGCCUUGGUUCCUACACCUGUCGCUGUCUUCCUGGGUUCAAUGGAACCAGGUGUGAGACAGAAAUGUCCUCAGCUUUCAACUUGGACUUUGAGGUGUCCGGUAUCCAUGGUUAUGUUAUGAUGGAUGGAGUGAUGCCAUCGCUGACAGAGAUCACAUGCACCUUCUGGAUGAAGUCUUCAGACACUACCAAUUAUGGCACGCCUGUUUCCUAUGCUGUUGAGGGCAGCGACAAUGCCUUCCUUCUCAUAGACUAUAACGGCUGGGUGCUGUAUGUCAAUGGUAAAGAGCGAAUCACGGACUGCCCUGCUGUAAACACUGGUAUCUGGUACCACAUCGGAGUGUCCUGGAGGAGCUGGGAUGGUGACUGGAGAAUCUACAUCGAUGGGAGACCUUCAGAUGGUGGCAAAGGCUUAUCAGUUGGCACUAUUAUCCCAGGUGGUGGGGCGCUGGUAUUAGGUCAGGACCAGGACCAGAGGGGAGAGGGUUUUAACCCUGUUGAGUCAUUUGUCGGCUCCAUUAGCCAACUGAACAUCUGGGAUCGGGUCCUUACACCACAGCAGAUCAAGGUCCUAGCAAGCAGCUGCCCAGCAUCCCAUGUGACUCACAGAGGAAAUGUCUUGGCUUGGCCAGACUUCCUCAGUGGUGUGGUUGGUCGGGUUAAAGUAAACCUGAACAGCAUUUUCUGUGCAGAUUGUCCCAAACUGGAAAAUGCUACUCCACAUCUUCAUGCCUCCUCUGUGGAAGUAACCCCGGGGGCUCAAGUGCAGCUGUCAUGUGACCCAGGCUUUUACCUAGUGGGGGAGCCAGUCCUUGAGUGCCAAAAUAAAGGAGACUGGAGCCACCCUUUCCCCACCUGUGAACGAGUUAUGUGUGCUGCCCCUCGAUCCCUUGAGAAUGGUUUGUAUCGGGGUUCAGACUUCUAUGCUGGAAGCUCUAUUUUCUAUGAAUGCAAAUCUGGCUUUUACCUGCUGGGAGAUGCUAAAGUUCACUGCACCAACAGCGGCAAAUGGGGAGGAAAUCUUCCUUCCUGUCUUGAUGUGGAUGAGUGUGCUCUUGGUUCUGACUGUGAUGAACAUGCUAGAUGUUACAACACUGAUGGCUCCUACACCUGCACCUGCAUCCAUCCAUAUAGAGGUGAUGGCAAGAACUGCACAGAGCCAGUUAAAUGUGACAACCCUGGUUCUCCUGAGUUUGGCCAUCGGGAAGGCAGCAACUUCAUGGCAGGAAGUGAAGUUGUUUUUGGAUGCGAUACUGGCUACGAGCUUAUUGGUUCUUCUCGCCAACACUGUCUGGAAACUGGAAACUGGGAUGAUGCUGUUCCGUUCUGCAAAGCACUCUCUUGCCAGCCACCAGCUGUCCCAGAAAACUCAGUCAUGACUGGAAGUAACUUCACUUAUGGAAGCAAAAUAACAUUCAGCUGUGUUGAAGGUUUCAUGCCUCAAUUCCCCUAUGAGUUCCAGUGUCUUGCCAGUCUCAUGUGGAGUGGGACACCACCUAUCUGUCAUCCCGUCUCAUGUGGGGGCCCGCCAAUGGUGGAUCAUGCAGACUAUUUUCUUGACACAAACACUUACAAGUCCGUUGCAGUCUACACCUGUCAGGAAGGAUACAAACCACAGGGGCGAAUGGAAGUCAUUUGUGAAGCCACAGGAGAGUGGAGCCGGCCAGCUCCCCGUUGUGUGAGUCUCGUCUGCAGCGAACCCCCUGCGCUGAAAGAUGCAGUGACUGUUGGCCAUAACUUCGAAGUGGGGAACAAGGUGCACUAUGUCUGCAAAGAAGGCUACACUCUAAUUGGCAUAGAAACACGAGAAUGUCUACUGACUGGCCAAUGGAGUUCCAGCUCUGCCCAGUGUGUUCCCCGCUCAUGUGGUCCUCCACCAGACAUUGACCAUGCAGAGCCCUACGAGAGCCACCAGCUGUUUGGAGACACUGCUAACUACUAUUGCACUGACGGAUACACUGUAGGGAACAAUUCCAAGAUGAUGUGUAAUGCUCAGGGAGUGUGGUCACCGCCUGAAGGAUUUGAAGCCCCUCGCUGCAUUGCAAACUUUUGUUUAAAACCUCCAGUCAUCUCCCAUGCAAUUUUAGAUUCAGUUAGCAAACCUAAAUAUGCCAGCAACACUGAAGUGACCUAUAAAUGUGAAGAGGGCUUCAUGCUCAACACAUCAGCCACACUUAGAUGUUUGCUGGGAGGGGACUGGGAUCCUUCUCCUUAUUAUAUUGGGUGUGUGCCAGUCAGAUGCUCCAAACCACAGAGUAUAGAUCGGGGCUAUGUGAGUGGAACAAACUACAGUUUUGGAGCUGUAGUUGCGUACAGCUGUGAUAAAGGCUUUCUGAUCCGUGGAGAGAAGAGAAGAACCUGUAUGGGAACUGGCGAGUGGGGAGGGCCUCUGCCCAUCUGUGUUCCGGUGUCUUGCUCGGCUCCUCCUACGCUUAAGAAUGGGUACAUACAGGUCAGAGGUCGUUUUACCUUUAAUAGCAAGGUGACGUAUGCCUGCAAUGCUGGGUACAAACUGAUGGGUCGUCCUGAGAGAGUUUGCCAAGCCAACCGCCAGUGGUCGAACAACGACCCACCCACCUGCAUCCUUCUCACCUGUGACCCACCACCCACCAUUGGUCACGGGUACUACAAAGGCUCAGACUUCCAAGUUGGACGCAAAGUCGAAUAUUUCUGCCACAAGGGCUAUGAGCUAGUUGGAGAUGCCAUCUGGACCUGUCUUAAGUAUGGGAGGUGGGAUAAGACACGGCCUCCACGUUGCUCACCUGUGCAAUGUCCAGAGCCACCACUAGAGGAGAACCAUUUGAUUCUCAAAGGGUUGGAUUCUGAGUCUGGAACUGUUGAAUUGUCAUGUAGUGAUGGUUAUGCCAUCGAAGGUGCUACAAUCAUCCGCUGUAUGCCAUCACAAGAGUGGAAUGACACGUUUCCUGUCUGCAAAAUGGUGUUUUGUGGACCACCACCGGAGGUGUCAUUUGGAUCCCCUUCAUUGACAUCACCUCCAUUUCCGUAUGACACAGUAACUAACUACAAGUGUAUGGAUGGUUUUACUUUGAAAAAUCAAGGUUCUGUAUCGUGUCAAGCCAACGGACAGUGGAGCCAUCCAUCCCCAGAGUGUAUACCAGUUGAAUGUCCUCAGCCAGUGGAGAUUUUGAAUGGUAUCGUUGAUGUCCAGGGUUUAAUGUACCUCAGCAAGGCCCUAUACAGUUGUAGAACUGGAUACAGUUUAGUGGGAAAUUCAACAAUUCUCUGUGGCGAAAAAGGACACUGGAUUGGGAAUGUGCCCUCUUGUCGCCCAAUAGAGUGCCCAUUCCCCAAACAGAUCGCCAAUGGAAAAGUAAUUUAUACGAAACUCCAAUUUGGCCACAUUGCUACCUAUAUGUGUCGCCGUGGAUUCCGUCUUCAAGGUCCUGAGACCCUAAAAUGUCUGUCGAGUGGUAAAUGGGAGUUUGAGCCUCCAUCUUGUCAGCAGAUAUCCUGCACAUCUCCUCAAUCAAUUGAAAAUGGUUUUGUUGAAGGUCAAGAUCACAGUUUUGGCGUGACCAUUUUCUACAGCUGUUUCCCUGGUUUCCAGCUUGUUGGCCAGGAUCACCUAACAUGUGAAGAGCAUGGCUGGUCGAGCGUCGCCCCUCUUUGCGUUCCCUCUGACUGUGGCCUUCCUCCCCAUAUUGACUUUGGUGACUAUGUUCGAGUAAUGGACCUUGAAGGAAGUUACUCGACUAAGGAUAUUUCAACUUCACCAAUGGAGUUAAGUUUCCUUCAUCGGACAAUGAUCGAGUACCGUUGCCAUCAAGGAUACGAGCUCACAAACCCAACUAGGUUGGUCUGUCAAGAGAAUGGGGGUUGGAAUGGCACAGCUCCAUCCUGUGUCCCGGCUGAGUGUGAAACACCCCUAAAUCCAGAGCACGGCUGGGUGAAUGUGACAGACACGUCCUUUGGCAGCAUGGUCAAAUAUUCCUGUGAGGAAGGAUACGAGCUUAAAGGAGAGCCUGUCCGCCAAUGUCUAUCAGGCCGACUGUGGACCAAUGACGCCCCAGUUUGUUUCCCUGUUUCUUGUGGUGACCCAGGGAUAAUUGCUAAUGGUACCGUCAGUGGAAACUCUUUUGUGUAUCUAGCACUCCUCAGCUAUCAAUGCAGGCCUGGGUUCAUCAUGAAAGGUAGUCGCACCAUCAUUUGCCAGGCUAAUGGAAAGUGGAAUGGGGAUAAGCCUUUGUGUGAACCAGUAUCUUGUGGGCCUCCUAAAGUUCCAAACGGUAUAAGUCACCAAGGUGAGGACUACACAUACAUGAAUGAGAUUAAACUCAUUUGUCCAACAGGUUUCUUCUUGAAAGAAAAAACAGUCAGUGUUUGUAGGGCUGAUGGCACCUGGAGCCUUGAAAACCCAACAUGCGUGCCCGCCAUGUGUCCAAAGCCUUUGCUGCCAGCCAAUGGUUACAUCCUGGGGUCAGAGUUUGGAAUUGACAGUAAGAUCAAAUAUGGAUGUAAUGAAGGAUACACUCUAAUCGGAGAUGCUGUCCAUGUGUGUCAGUCUGACGGACUUUGGGACAAGCCUGUCCCUGAAUGUAAAAUCGUCACUUGCGAUCCACCCGAGGACAUCAGUCACGGCUAUCUAAAUGGAUCCAGUUUCAAUUUUGAUGACAUAGUUGAAUACAUCUGCUUUGAUAGUUAUGAAGUGGUUGGAGACCCCAUCCUGCGAUGCUCAGCUAAAGGCCUGUGGAUUGGCAGUGUUCCUCAGUGUAGACCUUGUGUCUGUGCAAACCCAGUUGUGAAAUUUGGAGUAGUUCAAGGCCGUGACCUCUCAUGUGGGAAUAGAAUACGCUUCCAGUGUGAUGAGGGGUACAAGCUUCUUGGUCCGGCUGAGUCUGUGUGUCAGAAGGGAGGGCUGUGGAGCCCUGGAGUACCUGUGUGUAGUCGGGGGAGUUGCAGUGCCGCUCCGCCAACAGUCGCUAACGCUGUUUUGCAGGGCGGCAUUGCGACCCUCCUAGACACCGUCAUAUACAGGUGUCUGCCUGGCUAUACCCCCAAAGGGUUCCCUAACCUUUCCUGUGGAAAAGAUGGUCAAUGGGGCGUGCCCAGAAUCAGCUGUGAGCCUGUCAUGUGUGGAAGCCCUCCAGCUGUAGUCCAUGCCCAGGUCGUUGGAGAGUCCUACACCUAUCCAAACACGAUCAUGUAUAGGUGCGAUGAAGGCUAUGACCUAGCAACGCAGACAGCCACUCUGUCAUGCCAAAGUGACGGUACCUGGUCGAAACACAGCAUUCGUUGCGAGCCUUCUCCCUGUCUACUUCCCUCGAAUUUGUCCGUCCCACAACUGACUGUGACUGGAAAGAAACUUACACCUGUUGGGGGCACCGUCACACUCUCCUGUCCCACUGGUUUCUAUGGGAAGGGGUCAGCAGUUUUUGAAUGCCAGCUGGGUGGAAGCUGGUCUCCGAACAUGUCGACAUUCUCUUGCCAGCUGGUCAUUUGCCAGAAACCCGCUCCUCUCCUUCAUGGUUUCACUGAAGGGGACAGCUACACCUAUGGCGACUCUGUCAUGUAUUCCUGUCUUCCUGGCUUUAUUAUGCAGGGGGUCUCAGUUCAGACCUGCCGUGGAGAUGGAACAUGGAGCGGCUCUCGGCCUCUGUGUGUUGCACAAUCAUGUGGAGCUCCACCGAAAGUCAACAAUGCUAUUGUCCAAAGUUCAGGGGACACUUACAUGCACAAUGCCAGCUAUGCAUGUAAUGAUGGUCUGCAGCUGUUUGGCUCCAAAACUCUCGUGUGUCUCUCAAAUGGAACAUGGAGUCUCCCAGCGCCAUCAUGUGAAGCUGCUUCUCAUGGUUGUGAGAGCCCGAAGCAGUUGCUCCAUGGUAACCUGCAGGAACAUGUCAUGAACACUGGCCAAGCAGUGCAGUUCCAAUGUGAUAAAGGAUACACCCUGGUGGGGGAGCCACUGAUAAAGUGCAUGGGAGGAAAAACCUGGAGUUCCCCCUUCCCUACUUGUCAACCGCAGUCCUGCCCACAACCCCCUGGCUGGAGAGACAGCUUUCGACGGAGCAGAUCCCCAGAGUUUCACGUCGGGCAGUCAGUCCGCGUUACCUGCCCCAAAGGUCAGCAGUUGAGAGGCAGUGGCACCAUCACCUGCAGACCGGAUCGGACCUGGAGCCCUGUCAGCGCUGUGUGCGAAAGGGUGUCCUGUGGCCCCCCUCUCCAUGUUGCCAAUGGGGUGGUACGUGGGGCAGUGUUCCAGUUCGGGGACGUGGCAGUGUACUCUUGUUUUGGUGGCUAUGCCAUGGAGGGCGUUGGAAGGAGCAGGUGUUUGGAGAACGGUACCUGGACUCCACCUCCCACAUGCAGAGCUGUAUGUUGGCUGCAGUGCCAGAAUGGAGGUGUUUGUCAGCGACCCAACACCUGCUCCUGCCCUGAAGGAUGGAUGGGCCGUCUGUGUGAAGAACCCAUCUGCAUCCUGCCAUGUCUGAAUGGGGGCCGGUGCGUAGCUCCCUACCAGUGCGAGUGUCCCAGUGGGUGGACUGGAACGCGGUGCCACAGUGCGGUCUGCACGUCUCCGUGUCUGAAUGGAGGAAGAUGUAUUCGGCCCAACAGGUGUCACUGCAGCGCGGGCUGGAGCGGCUACGACUGCUCCAGAAAAAGGAGAUCUGGAUACUAUCACUUCUGAAGAACCUUUGAGGGGAAACGGUCAUCAUUGAUUUGCCGUAUACAGACCUGCUUCAUCUCCAAGGCAAAAGCAGGGACCAUUUUGUAAAAUAUUGCUGUAUUUUUUCAUAUAAAGAAUCAACAGUAUUAAACAUUUGCUGCUAUAUUCUUGUAUCAUGUGUAAAAACUAUUGCUGUGACUGUCCGAUGUAUAUGUGUAAACUAUUCUCAUUUUUAUUAAAGCACUAUUUACAUUCAUGUGAUGACACGUAAAAUAUUUUAGUCUUACCAAAAGCACCAUUCUGCAUUCAAUUCAAUGAACAUCAAAAUUGUCCCAAAUAAAAACAUGAGAGUGAAAAUAAUCUGCAACAGGUCAAGCAUUCAUUUCAACCCUUUAUUAUCAUUUCCACCCAGUCAAAGAAACAGCCAUGAGCUUUAUACAAUUGACUUUGCUGAUAGUUAAAACACGCACAUGGAUGUGGCUUCUAUGUUGAAGAGGUGGUAAAUAAA